AUAAAUUUUUUCAGAAUUCGCCCCUGGAAUAGCACUCCCUUGAUCCCUUGUUAGACUGACAACCCUACCACUACCAGUAGUCCAGAAACAUACCUCCCAGACCCACAGGCCACAGGCACCAACGCUAAAGCUUCCCACUCCUCUUGGGAAUCUCUCUUUUUCUCUUUUUCUCUUUUUACCCCUUUUCAGCCUUUUAUUUACUAUUUUCUUUUCCCUCCACAUCCACAACUAUUGCUUCUUUCAACUAUAACUAUUCAAUCCUUCUGAAUACUCAGUACCCAAUUGUAGAAAAAUAUCAUAAUCAGUAACAAGUAUAAUCAGUAACAAGUAUUAUAAAAUAGAGGAAAUAUAUCAUUACAAACAAGUCAUUUUCAACAUUUUUAUAAAUUAAAGAAAUCAAGACUAAAUUCUAAAUAAUUGUCGGUUUCUAAACUUUGAAAGACUGUAAAACCCCAUCUUCCCAUAACACAUACAUGUGCCUUUUUGUGUCUUAAUUAAAAAAAUACAAAAAAAAAAAAGAAAAAAAAAAAAGAAAGCUUAUUGGUCUUUAACUUUCAGAAACUAAAAUUAGGCAGCUUGUUCUUGAAUAUUUCUCAAUAUUUCAUUUAAAGACAAAACCUUUUGAUGGGUCUAAAUUUUUAAUAUUAUUUUCUAUUGAAAUUUAUGAUUUGGGUUUCUAAAAUUUUCUCUUGUUUCCUUCUCUACUAAGAAUUGAGCUAUUAGAUAUCAGGUGGGUAGGAACAGUUUUCUGUUGGAAUUAUAGGCAAAGCUUCCAUGUUCAGAGAUGAGUGAAUUCUCCAAGCUUUUUCAUGGGGUAGAACUGAACUUUCCAUUACUGAGUUAGAUCAUAUAUGCAUCAACUACUAGUAAUGCUAAAACAUCAACCAUUACACAUUGUUUUACACAGUUAUUGUCUCAGCAUUAACAAGAGAUGGCCAAGGAACUCAGACAUACACUGAUCUUACUAUUUUUAGUAACCUCAAUCGAAACCUCACACUCAGAGAAGCUACACUCAUCACAAGCACAAAGCCUUUCAGAAAUUCAGUCAAUUCUGAACUUCCCUUCUGUUUUAAGUACUUGGAACAAGAAAACAAGCUUUUGUAACUUGGAUCCAUCGCCUUCUUUAACGGUCGUAUGCUAUGGAAACAAUGUAACACAACUUCAUAUAUGUGGGGAUAAGGGAACUCCAAAGUUACCUCUUAAUUUCUCAAUUGAUUCUUUGAUCACAACCCUUGUUAAGUUACCUAGCCUAAAGGUUCUUACUUUGGUUUCACUCGGCUUAUGGGGCUCAUUACCUCGAAAAAUCAAUCAACUAUCUACACUCGAGAGGCUUAAUAUUAGCUUAAAUUUCUUCAAUGGAAACAUCCCUAGAGAAAUUUCAUAUCUGACAAAUCUACAAGACAUUGUACUUGAUCAUAACAUGUUUAGUGGCCAAAUCCCGGAUAUAAUGUCUUCGUUUCCUGCUAUGAACGUGUUGAGUCUAAGGAACAAUUCUUUUAACGGGUCUUUGCCUAAGAGUUUGAGCGACUUGGGUGGUCUCCGAGUUCUUACACUAGCUAAUAAUCAGUUCUCCGGGGAACUGCCUGAUCUUACGGGCUUACACAAUCUCGAAGAGCUAGACUUGGAGAAUAACUCGUUUGGGCCUGAUUUUCCUCAGCUUGGGAACAAAAUAGUCACACUUGUAUUGAGAAAUAACAAGUUUCGGUCUGGUAUUCCUGAUGAGAUUAGUUCAUAUUAUCAGCUUGAAAAGUUUGACAUUUCUUCAAAUCGAUUCAUGGGUCCGUUUCCUAUGGUGUUAUUAUCUUUACCCUUGAUCGGCUAUCUAAACAUUGCAUCGAAUAAGUUCACUGGGGUACUCUUGAAAAAUAUGUCGUGCAGUGAGACCCUUAGUUUUGUAGACUUGUCGUCAAAUUUGUUAUCCGGUGACUUGCCUGACUGCCUUGAAUUGAAGUCCAAGAACAGAAUUGUUCGGUAUGAAGGAAAUUGUUUUAACAUGAUCGGUAGUAGUACAAGCCAACAUGAAUAUUCGUUUUGUAGAAAUGAAGCGUUAGCUGCUGGUGUUUUGGAUUUUCACAAACAGCAGCGAACAAGGAAAGCGAUACUAGCUUCGUGCAUAGUAGGGGGGGUGUUCGGUUUUGUUGUGCUUAUUGUUCUGUUUUUCUGGCUGUUUAAACGAGUUCAUGCCAAGAAAAUUGAUGCUCGAACACCUCGAGUCAUAUCAGAAAAGGCGUCAGCCGGUUACACAUCAAAGAUUCUCACUGAUGCAAGAUACAUAUCGCAAACUAUGAAGCUCGGAGCGCUUGGAAUUCCAGCAUAUCGAACAUUUUCGUUGGAGGAACUCGAGGUGGCUACGAAUAAAUUUGCUUCGUCAGCUUUUAUGGGUGAAGGCUCUCAAGGUCAGAUGUAUAGGGGUCAGCUCAAUGACGGUUCCCUUGUCGCCAUUAGAUGCUUCAAGCUAAAAGAAAAUCACUCGAUUGAGUUCCUAAUGCCUCACGUUGAACUAAUCUCUAAGCUUCGACAUCUCCACAUAGUCAGUGCACUCGGUCAUGGUUUCGAGUAUUACUUAGAAGAUUCAAGUGUUAGUAGACUAUUCCUCGUGUUCGAGUAUGUGCCAAACGGAACCCUGAGGAGUUGGAUAUCAGCUGGACGUGCACGAAGAAGGCUCAGCUGGGCGCAACGUAUAGCUGCUUCGAUUGGAAUCGCAAAAGGAAUCGAGUUUCUUCAUGAUGGGAUCACUCCUGGUAUCUUCUCAAACAACCUAAGGAUAACUGAUGUUUUGUUAGACCAAAACUUGGGUGCAAAAAUUAGCAGUUAUAACCUUCCACUAUUGGCUGCAAAUAUGGGAGAGGUCACUUCUUUUGGAGCAUCGACAAAGUCGAAAGAUCACAAAAGGAUAGAGCAUGAAGAUAAGAUGGACAUCUAUGACUUUGGAGUUAUAUUAUUAGAAAUGCUCAUGGGAUUGCAAAUCAAAACUAGGAGUGAGCUCAAUGCUUUAAGAAACCAUGUACAGGCGAGCCUAGCAGCAGAUGAACCAGCUCGGAGAAACACUGUGGCUGAAGAAAUUCAGCACACUUGCUCCGAUGAAUCACUUAAGACAAUGAUGGAAAUAUGUGCUCGGUGUCUGUUGAAAGACUCGAGCUUGAGACCCUCCAUCGAGGAUGUGCUCUGGAAUCUGCAGUUCGCGGCUCAGGUUCAGGAUGCAUGGCAAGGCGGUGAAUCAAGAACUAGCGGAGGCUCAACCUCGCCUGGCUCACCUCCGCAACUUCCAAAGCUAAGGUUCACUAUACAUUGAUCAACAAGAUGGCAUGGUUCCAGUAUAGUUAACUAACCAUAGAAUCUAUAGAAAGCAAACAUUCAGUAAUGUGAUGAUGUUAUGCUUAUAAUUUUGUGUCUUACAUGAAAUUUGGAAAUACUAAUUCAACAAAUAUAACAAAAAGAACAAUUGGUUUGUUUGUGUA